AUGACCAGAGACUGCGGACAGCACAGGGAUGACCAGAGACUGCGGACAGUACAGGAGAUGACUGCUGACCUUUGGGGAGGGAGGGGGGGGAGCGGGUACCUGAAUUUGACAGGUACCCGCUCUUACUUCCGCAGAGUUUUUUUAUCUUACCUGUUCCUCUAUCCAGCCGCGCGCUGUCUUCCCGGCUUUCUGUAGUGUGGGCGCUCGUCGGAUGCCCAGUGCGCAUGCGCGAGAAAGCGCUGCACUUUGUGAUUGGUCCGGCGGCUUCUGGAUCUGUCAUGUGUCCCAGGUACCGCCUUACAAUUCACAAAGA